CGAGUUGCAUAGUGUCAGCUUUACGAGUGAACUAAAAUGAAGACAAGCAGGGUGAAAGACCACAGCCCCAUUUGGAGACUGUAUGCGUGUGAGAAGCAGCUUUGCAAGAUGUUAUCAGAUCCACAACACUUUGAACACACAGUAAUCCACAUUGAUUGACACACCUGUGCUCAGAUGCGACGUGACACAUCAAUUGAGAUCAGCAAUGUUAGCAUGUCUCAGAUAAUCCAGAGCCCCUCACCAAAUCUGGAGCCAGGUUUCUCCGUGACUAACCUGACCCUGGUGGUCCUCCUGCUGAUCCCCUGCGUGGUGGUUCUGCUGCUGCUCAACUGCCUGUUUCUGGGCUACAAGUUCCUGAUCCUGUCCCAGAAGAAGGGGGACGGGGAGGAGAUGCUGCUGGAGUCGUGCUCCCUGCAGGGACCCAGGAGGCUCUCUGGGGGGGUUUUCCCCGCUCUCCAGGACGUUAGGAGAGCCUAUUUGUCUUUAUCCGAGCCCAUACCCCACCCGGUCACCUCAUCCCGGGUUUCGUCCAGGGAGAGGGUCGGUGGUGGGGUGGAGAUCCGGCUCCUGAGGCCAGAUGGGGCCACAGGGUCUCUGAGGGCACCGAGCUCCAUCCGGGGCCCCUCCUCUGCGGCGGAGUUCAGCCCGAGAAUGCACCUCCACCCCCGGUCACAAAGCACCGCGACUCAGCGGUGGUGUAAAAGCGCUCCGGUGUUACCGCAGUCCAGCGAGUCUGAGUCUGAGGCCGAGACCAGAGUGAACCUGGUGCCGCCGAACUCUCCCACGCAGGAGGUCCAACAUGAGGGUCACCUGCGUCGCAGCAGCACUCACCAGAUGCUGAGGGACCUGAGUCCAGGUGUAGCCGUGCUGGUGUUUGAUAAGGUGGAGAUGGAGUGUGAGUUCAGUAACACUCCGUCAGAGGAGUCGGGUCUGAACUCAUCUGCAGUCGGACCGGGACUGGACAGCGACUUCGGAGCCAGUGCAGGAGUGUCCUUGAGGAUCCUCUCUGCUGACAGCGACGGCCUCUCUAACGGCAUCCUGUCCUCAGCUCUGGAGUGGGAUUACUACGACCCGUGCUACGUGAAACAGAACAACGUGCACAAACACAAGCACCACCGCCCCGCCGUGCACACCAAACAGUACUGGGUGUAACUCCUUUUAAUGUUAUUUAUUUCUUUAUUUAUUGUAUUAUUUAAUUAACCUAUACAUGUUUUAGUCUUAAGUUUGUGUCACUAAGGAUUUAAUCAGCACAAUGUGUAAAUAAGAAAGCACUCUGACACUGAGUUUGUUCAAAUUAUGAAAUAUUAACCAUGCACUUCUUCACUCGUGUUAUUAUGAAAUGUUUAAUAUGCACUUAUUCACUUGUGUUAUUCUAAAUUAGGUCUCUUCUUUGUUGUUAAAAGGGCUGUUCAUUUAGUUCUGGAUUCCAUUCACAUAAGGAUUUAUAUUCACUGUUAUGAUUUACAUGUUUUGUGUCACUCUGAGUAAUAAAGACUAAUUUAGAAUUAA